AACAUGCGUGUGUUGAAUGACCAGUACGCCGUCAAGCAGACCCUCGGCAGCGGCCUUCAGGGCAAGGUGAAGCUUGGGGUCGACCUCAAGACCAACGAGAACGUCGCGCUGAAGCUGAUCAAGUCUGCAAAACUCACGCAGAAAGCCAUCCUGAACCUGUACCGCGAGAUCGAGUCCAUGAAGCGCGUGCAGCACCCGAACGUGAUGCGCCUCCUUGCCGUGUCCAACGACGUGGACUAUCCCAAGAAGAAGGGAGGCUCCGAAAAAGUUGUGCUGGUCGUGCUGGAACUCGCAACGGGUGGCGAACUUUUCGACUUCAUGAUGUACACGGGAAGCUUCUCGGAAGAGAUCGCGCGCACGUACUUUCGGCAGAUGGUGAGCGGCCUCCACGCGUGUCACUCGGCGGGCGUGUACCAUCGCGACAUCAAACCCGAAAACUUGUUGCUCGACAAGAACUUCUUGCUCCGGAUCGCCGACUUUGGGCUGUCGGCGCUGUCGGACGACACGACAUUGGCGGAUGACUUGACCACGCAGUGCGGCACCCGUGCAUACAUGAGUCCGGAGAUCAUCGCCGGCACGCCGUACGAAGGCGCCCCCGCGGACAUCUGGAGCGCCGGCGUCGUGCUGUUCAUCUUGCUCGCGGGGUUUCCUCCGUUCCAAAUCGCCACGCGCCAAGACUGGUGGUUCCGCGCGUGCGCGACGCAGCAAUACGAGGCGUUCUGGGCCGCACAUUCCCGCACGGCGGUCUUCUCCCCCAUGGCAACAGAUCUGCUCACACGCAUCUUCGACGUGAACCCGACGACGCGCCUGACGUUGGCCGAGAUCUGGCAGCAUCCGUGGCUGCAUGAGCCCGUUUUGUCCGAGACCGCGAUGACCAACGAGCUCUUGGCGCGCAAAGAAAAAGUCACGCUGGAAAAGCUGCGCGCGCAAAAAGCCAAGGAAGACAAGACGGCGGCGGCCACCACCUCGUUCAACCCGUUUGACCGCAAUACCCAUCGCUCCAUCCACACGUUGGCUUCGACUUCACUCAAGACCACGACAUCCCACGACGCCAUGUUCUUCCCCGCUGUCCAAUCCUGCGGCAUCCCCGCCUACACGACCCUCCGAUGCUUUGCGUCGACCGCCGCGGACCUGCUGCAGCGCCUCCACGCGUCCUUUGACAAGGUCGGGCUGCGGUAUACGUGGACGGACGCUCUCGCCUCGCAUGUCCCAGGAAAUGACGUCAAAGCCAAAGUGCACGUGACCACCGCCGCCUCGGGCCGCGUAGACGUGGCGUUGCUUGUCACGGAAGCGCCGGGGGGAUUGUUCCUCGUGGAAGUGCGCCGACGGGCCGGCGAUUUGUUUGCGUUUCGCCAAGUGUUUGACUUGGUCAGCGCCGAUCUGUCGGACGUUCUGGCGGAGGAUGUGGCCCCGCCUGCCAAGGUGUUGGCCCCCGCGCCGACUGGCAGCGACGACGAAGAGGCCGAAGAGCUCAUUUCAGACGAGGCUUUGAUGAUUUAGAUGACUGUAUUUUAAUGCUACCAAGUACUUGUACUACUACUUGCUAGGAUUGCCCUACCUUUGUCGAAAGUGAUAUUUCGAACGGCCACAUACGUCUAAUCGACAAUCGUCAAUGUUACAUUAAUUAGUGUAAGAUCCAGUUUGAUGUCGGGAACUGGUGGCAUUUUGAUUACUCUUUUGUGCAUUGAGUGGCAGGUCUGG